GCCAAGAUCUUUUUUGGGAGCGACAGAAACACCUUUGAGAGCAACUGAGAUUUCUGUCUGUCUGUCAGUCAGUCAGUGAGUCGCUUUGUUGUCGUGCUGCCUCAAGGGCCCAUCACAUCACAUCACAUCACAGCACAUCAAAUUAUUUAUGAAUUUGUCACAAAAAUUGAAAGCGAAAGCCGAACCGGACGGACCAAUCGAUCGUGGCUGUAUAAAAGUUUCAUCGACUGCAGUCGCGGCACGGCAGCCCCAGCAGCAGCAACACCAAACACCAAACACCAAACACCAAACACGAAAGAGCGAAGAGCAAACGAAGGAUCAUAAGAAAUAUGUUCGGCAUACGCUGUGUGGGCCCUGUGCUAGUGGCAAUGCUUUUGGCCCUGCUGAUGGGCAUGGUUGUGGCCAAGCAGGACACGGCAGCACGUCAAUUUGGUGGCCAGAAUGGCUUUGGGAAUGGCUUUGGUCCGGGUAUCGGACCUGCACCUGGACCCGGACCAAUUCCUCCCUGGGGACCACCACAACAGCCUGGAGGUGGCGGCGGGAGCUGUCCGCUCUGCGACUCUUCGGUGUACAGCUAUUGCUCCCACAAGAUGGUGCAUGACUCUUGCUGCUGCGAUUUUCCAGCAUCUGCCCCACAGUUGAGACCGCCGCAGUGCUCCUACUACGACUGCUCCCUGCUGUAUGCCAAAUCCUGCUACGAGCAUGCCCUCAUCAAGAACUGCUGCUGCAAUAAUCCCUACUGAAGCC